AUGAUGAAGCACCUGAAGCUGUCUUCGGCUCGCGUGUCCUGUUCCUUCACUCGCGUCACCAAGUCGUGGGCUAGUCAAGGUUUUCACGCUCUGGGCGGACUCGGCAAACCCCAUGGCUUCUACCCCAACCUCAGCGACUAUGACGCGAGCUCUUGCGGGAAGAGAAACCGCUGCGGUCCCACUCCAGCUCACUCCAGCGUUUUUCUCCACGUGGCCUACAAGCAGCACGCGGCUUCCGUUCUGCACACGGGGUGGAGAGCGCCUCCUCAGCUCGCUGUCAAUGUCGCCGCCAGCUACGGCGGGUGGAUCUCUGCGCCCAACUUUUCUAGCCUGUGGUGCUCUGCGCCUGUAAAAUCCAGCGUGAAGCGGCCUGCGCCCAUAUUUUUCAGCGAGAGGCGCUCUGCGCCCAGCUUUUUCCGUGUGCAGCUUCCGCAGCGGCAGCGCGCGACUGAACUCGACAUCGAGAUGUACGACUCCAACCUCGACGUGGAGAUGGACGACGCGUUCGCGUUCGAACGCGAAACCCCAUGCAAGGACUUCUUUGGCUUCACCAACCAAAUGGGAAGCGCAUCGUGCUGGACAUCGCCUGCGGAAAAGGCACCUCCGCUGGAUCAGGCGAGGAAGCGCCGCGCAUGUCGGCGGCGCGACGCAGACGACCAACACAACGCAGAGCGCAGAGGCGGCAUGCGCGACAACUAG